AUCCCACACACAUCUUUGAGUCUUGAGUGGAUAAUGACUCUAUGACAAUAGCACACUGUUGAGAUUCUUAUUGCAGGAAACAGACAUUCUGGUUCUUCAUUCAUCAGUCAUGUCCAAGGUGAAUAACACCACCCAAGACCCCUUCUACUUCAUCCUCACGGGUAUCCCUGGAUUCGAGGCCUUCCACAUCUGGAUCUCCAUCCCUUUCUGCUGCUUCUAUACCAUCUCCAUCAUGGGCAAUACCACCAUCCUCGCUGUCAUCUGCACAGAGCCAUCUCUCCACCAGCCCAUGUACCUAUUUCUCUCCAUGCUGGCCCUGACUGACCUGGGUCUCACCCUCACCACCCUGCCCACAGCCAUGCAGCUCCUCUGGUUCAACAUUCAGAAGAUCACUUUUGAGGCCUGUUUUGCCCAGUUCUUCUUCCUCCAUGGAUUCUCAUUCAUGGAAUCUUCUGUCCUGCUGGCCAUGUCCUUUGACCGCUAUGUGGCCAUCUGUCGCCCCCUCCAUUAUGCCUCCAUCUUUACCAGUAAAGUCAUUGGCAGGAUAGGAGUAGCCAUCAUCUGCCGUUGUGUUCUGGCUGUUCUUCCCCCACUUUUCCUACUCAAGCGCAUGCCCUUCUGCCGGUCUCACCUUCUCUCUCACUCCUACUGCCUCCACCAGGAUAUGAUUCGCCUAGUCUGUGCUGAUAUUCGGGUCAACAGCUGGUAUGGAUUUGCUCUUGGGUUGCUCAUUAUUGUGUUGGACCCAUUGCUCAUUGUGCUCUCCUACGCACUCAUCUUGAGAAGUAUCUUGGGCACAGCCACCUGGGCUGAGCGGCUCCGGGCCCUUAAUAACUGUCUGUCCCACUUUCUGGCUGUUCUGGUUCUCUAUGUGCCUAUGGUGAGUCUAUCCAUGACUCAUCGUUUUGCAAAACACGCUGCCCCACUGGUCCACGUGGUCAUUGCCAAUAUCUACUUGCUGGCCCCUCCUGUGAUGAAUCCCAUUAUUUACAGUGUCAAGACUAAGCAGAUACGCCAAGGAAUCUUUCACCUUCUCUUCCACAGGAAGUUGCGCUGAGAGAGAAUUUAGGUUUAGAGAAAGACUUCUUAUAGGUAACAUGGAGUCAAGAGCAGAGACCACUACCAUUUAAACUGUAAAUAGCAUAGACAGGGGA